AUGGUUACAUUGGUAUGUGCUAUCGUUGGCGUGAGUGGAAGCGCAUUUCCUGUGACAACUGACGCAAGAUAUUUUGUGAAGAAAUUGAAAGAUGAUAUCAAGACAAAGAUCUCAAGGAGGAUACCAUGUGACGCAAACAAACUGCAGCUCUUCCCUGCAAAGAUGAAAAUCGGCACGGCAAAGACGAAGGGCGGCAAGUGGCUGUCGUCGAGCACGGAAGAUGUUAAAAAGCUGAAGAAGGGCGAAAAGACUUCUCACGUCGUAGAGUUAACGGAAGAAGUCCGAGAGCUGCAAGUGGAGGACUCUAUUGCCAAUCUCCUUGCAGGUAUGGAGACUCCAACAGCAAGACAAAUUCACGUGCUGGUCGUGGUUCCUGAGGAAUUUCCGGCACUCGGUAACGAGAAGAAGCGAAAAAGGGCAGAUGAUGACGCUCUUGACGUUUGGAUGGAUGCAAUUAAGAACGAGCAGGUAACAGUAUUACCAUUGACUUGUGAAGACUUGAGAGAGUACCUGCAACGCCCGCUUCGUAUUAAAAUCCCCAUAUACGAACGGCAUUUCGAGUUGAUAUCCGCGCAUAACGCAACUGGAAAGUGUACUCGCGCUUUCUACAAGCUAUUUGAACCCGAACCACGUAAAAUAGUUGGGUAUGAAUCUAUAACAAUCGUGGGGGAUUUUGUUAGUCCUCGCAGCCACAGGUCCGGAGCCUACUAUUACUUGUGGGAUAGCCUCAUUGCGAAACUGCUGGAGCGUGUGGUAAACGGGCGCUAUUGUCGUUAUAUGAACACAUCUACUUCUGCUGACCUCUAUCGACCAGAUUUGUGUUUUUACUACGGCAAAAGCAAUGUGUGCGUAUUUCGCGGGGAAGAAAAAGCAAGUGGAGCGUUGGAAGUGCCGAUCGAAGAAUUGCACGAUAGACUGAUAUGGAAAUAUGACGCUGCGCCGUACAUUUUUGGCUACGCUGCUGUAGGUCUGCAAGUGUGCUUGGUAGCUAUUCGGAGAGACGAGACGACGGAAUGUGGUGCAAAAGUGGAAACCAUUGAGACGUACGAUUUGGAUGAUCUCAGUAGCCGGCUUUUGUUUUUUCUCGCGUUGCUCAAUCUUUCGACUCUUUUCCGACCAGUUUUGGAUCUUAUCCCGUCGCUAGACGUACGCGAGUACGGCAUAAUAAAGCGAGACAAUGGUGUGCAGAUAUCGUUUGCGGAGGAUUGUGUAGUGAAGACGUAUCCCUCGGAUAUGCCAAGUGACAGCAUCAUUCAGAACUUAAAAGAUCUACAUGGUCGAAUGAAGGAAUGUUCGGUCCCGAACGUUGUCCAGCUAAUGACUGGAAACAUGAAGAAGCGACACGUAACGCUUUCUCCUGUUGGUCGACUUGCUGUACCUGAAAACGUCCACCAGCUCCUGACGGCCUUACGCGAUAUACUCAAGGCGCUAGUGGCACUGCACGCCAUCAAUAUCAUGCAUCGAGACUUGAGAUGGGAAAAUGUGCUGAAGUACCAAGGUGAAGAUGACAAGUGGUUUCUGAUCGACUUUGACGACGGAGCACUGUCACCGGCUGCAAAAGUGGAACAUUUGAAGGCGGAAUCGCAUGCUCCUGAAACACUGUCGUGUUCGUCCCAUACGGUCAAGGUCGACAUUUGGAGCGUGGGCUACCUCAUACAGACGUCAACAAUCUUCGAUAUUCCGGCUAAUCUGGAGACAAUCAAAGCAGAGUGUUUACAGAAGAGUCCGGAAAAGAGACCCACGGCAGUAUCACUCUUCGAGACAAUUGAACAUCUAUUAAGAGCUGCAUAA